AGCUCCUGCUUCUCUCUUGGAUUAGUGGCAGAGAGAGACACGUACUGGAGAGUGAAUGAGAGUGGAUGGAAAGCUUGUGAAUUUAGCAAACGGUACAGUGUGUAAGUUGUGUGGCUAGAAAACACCAGGCAGCGAGUUGAGGUGGAGUUGGAGCCGUGACAGCACUUUUAUGUUGGCAGAUUUAAGGUGACUGGCACACCUACAGUUUAUCACCUGGCUGAUAAAGUGAAUUUCAAAAGGCAGCAUGGAUGUGGACGUGGAAGGGAUUAUCCAUUGCAUCAGGCAGGGGGAUGAGAAUGGUGUUCAGAUGCAGUUGCAGGAGUUCAAUAAAGAGUAUGCGCAGUGUUUCUUCUUUGAUGCAGAGGAGAGAGACCGGAGGAAACAAAGGAAACUAGAAGAGUUCAGGAAGAAUAAAGUGAGGGAGUAUGACUCAGACUCUGACUGUGAAGAGUAUAACCUAGAGGACCGUGGCCUCCUCCUCAGACAGAAUUUGGCCAUUGUCCUUGUGAGGUUCAUAAGAACAGGAGUUAAGUGUCGUCUGCUGAGAGUAUGCCUGCGCUCCCUGAGGAUCCUCUCCAGGGACAAAAGGAUCCUGGGUCCCCUGGUGACUGACAAUGCUCUCCUGACUUUGGCCAAACUAGCUGGUUUGACCACAAGCGAUGCCACUGACGAAACCACUGACCCUGAUACUGAUUUCUAUGACAACAUCCUUGCGUCCCUCGCUGAGGCCAAAGCACAGCAAAGUCACGACGACGAGGAUGAUGGUGACUUGGAGGCUGGUGACCAAAAUGAAGCCUUUGACGAGGAUGCCAAGAGUGACAUUAGCAACGCCAACAGUGGAGAUGUGGACAGCCUCAGCUGGUUCGGGAGCCACAGAACCAGCAUCAAUGAAAUGCACAGGGGCAGCAUCCAUCAAAAGGUGCUGGAGAGAGGAAGAAGAGACCGUAGAGAGAGCAAGAUAGAGGGGGAUGAAGAGGAGGAGGAGGAAGGAGAGUCAGGAGAGGAGGCGCAGAGAAAAGAGGCCAUGAAGGUGUUGUGUAAUGUGGUGUACAACAGCACAUGGGCACAGGAACGGUUCAGUGCUCUCAGCCUCAUGAAUGGCCUCACAGAGGUCCUUUCCAACAGCAUUAACUGCUCAUCUCCCUCCAGUGUUCAAUUCUAUGAACUACGCCUCAUGUUUCUUAUUACUGCACUACGACCAGAGCUCAGCACUCAGCUUCAACAGGCGGGAGGGGUGUCAAUCUUCACAGCAGCUUUGGAGAGUUGCCUGGAGGUUCAGUGGAAGGACCAAAACGAGUGUAUUCUGGAUCCAAAGGCCCCACCCAUUUCUCUGGAAGCUUCUCAGCGUGUUGUAGAGAUCCUGAAGAUCCUUUUCAACAUCACCUACAGCACCCACAGGCAGGAGCCAAGUGAGGCUGAUGCUGCUCUGUACCGACACCUGGUGGCAAUGCUUCGUCUCUGCCUGAUGAGGAAGUGUCUGCUGGCAGAUGACACAGAUGAACUUCAGGGUCACACAGUCAACCUGUUGUCGGCGCUGCCCCUCCAGUGUCUCGAUGUGCUGCUGGUGGUGCCCCUGGAACCCGACUCGAAGCAGUGCAAUGGGGUCAACAUGGACUGUGUUCACCAUCUGCUUAUGUUCAUGGAGAAUCGUCUGGACUCGGGUGACAAGAUCAAAGAGAAGCUGACACCGGUCCUCAAUUUGCUGACAGAGAGCUGCCGGGCACACAGAGAAACACGCCAGUACAUCAGGAAAUAUAUCCUGCCUCCUCUGAGAGAUGCGUCGCAGAAGCCAGAGGAAGGUUGCACUGUGAAAAGUCGUCUGAUCCGUCUCAUGACCCACCUGGACACAGACCUCAAACACUGUGCUGCAGACCUUAUAUUUGUCCUCUGUAAAGAAAAUGUGAGGCGUUUUGUCAAGUACACAGGCUAUGGUAACGCUGCAGGCCUGUUGGCCACCAGAGGUUUGCUUGGCAGUGGGUCCAAGUCGUCCAGCUCCAGCACUCAGUACUCCAGUGACUCUGACUCAGACACAGAGGAAUACCGACAGGUCAAAGAUCGCAUCAACCCAGUGACAGGACGGGUGGAAGCAGAGCAGCCAGAUCCCAUGCAGGGCAUGUCAGAGGAGGAGAAGGAGGAGGAGGCCAAGAGGCUCAUCAUGCUUUUUAACAAGCUGUCCAGAGAUAACAUUAUCCAGGCAGUGGGAGUGGAUUCAGAGGGGAAGCUGGUCCCAAUGUCUGAAAUAAGAGACAAAUCCCUCACUGAGGAGGCAAAGUCUGAAUCAGAGAACGACGGAGAAGCAGAUGAAGCACAGAAAGACUAAAGCACAUGAAAUUCAUUGUUUAUUGAUGUUUGUAAAUACCCCCUUUCCAAAGUGUGUGCAAGCAUAUUUCUUAAAAAUACAUGGACAUAAAGAAGGGAUAUAGUUAAGUAAUAUAGAGAGUUUGUGCCAGUUACUCUGAAACAUGUGAAAAUAUAACAUUUUUACCCUUAUUUUGGAUUCAGAAUCUAACACUCAGCAGCAAACAUGGUUUUAAAAACACAAUAUUAAAUUUAUAGUGACUCCUCAGAAUAAUGUUGUCAUCUGUUAUGAACUGUUGAAAUAAAGUUUUCAUCUUA